AUGAAAAGAAUAAGCGCAUAUCUGUCUAUUCUGCUAAUAAGUAUUAUGACAGUUGCAUCAACUGCAAUUCCAGAAUAUCCUUAUGUCCCUUAUAACCCGAAUAUCUCACUGGAUGAACAAAAUAAUCUUGAAUUAUUCAGUGUAAGACAGACUGCCACUAACUACAUUAUGAAUCUAGUUAAAGUCCUGAAUGUAUCUGAGUGUAAUGCAUUAUUAAGUCACGUAUCAGCGUACGUUAUAAUAAGAAACCAAUCUCUAUUAGAUUCCUGCAUGCAGCAGCCAGAUCCAAAUGCAACUCUACAGAACAUGUUUUACACACGGAAUGCAGCUGAGUAUAAUCCACUGCAUAAUGGACAGGUAAUUCCUGCAGUAGAUUAUAACCCGAAUUCAUUCGAGAAAGUGCCAGGUGUGCAGUACCAGCCGAUGAUUAUACCAGGCCAAACAAGCGUACAAUACACUCAGAUUGCACCUGCUGAAUCUGCAGUCAUGCAGCCCCCUGUGGUGAACAGCUUAGACCCAAAUCUUCUUCAUUAUUAUGUCCAAGAAGUCAACUUGAAUCGGCCUGCAAGAAAUAAUGGAUUGCGCAAUAAGAGUGUACAGAGUGGCUUAGUCCCUUCUAAGCAACAAAUUCCAGAAAACAUUCCGACAGAAAAUCCCAUUGUCAUGUACGAGAAGAAUAUGAUAAUGGAGCACAUGAAAAUAUGCAGUUUGCAGCAAAAUAUGCCAUGUAUGAAUGGCGUACAGAAUGGAUACUACCCUAAUUCUAGCACAAAUCACUUGAAUCCGCCUGAUUUAAACCCGAAUGUUUUCCAAAAUAACCCGAAUAUUCAUAAAACCCUUCUAAGAACCCCAGUUUCACCUGUCUUUUAUACUAAUAUCUACCCAAAUAGUCCAAGUCUAUCUAAUAUUGCACCUGCAAUAGUUUCGGAAAGAAAUAGACUCAGUAACAACUUACAGGGUACGUACGUGACUAGAAAGAAUUCCUACAGAACUAGAAGAGACCAACCAAAUCCCAUACAAAUUAAUACUUGUAUUAAGGAUACCGUACUAAUACAGUACAUUAACCAGAAUAGACCCCGUCAUAUACAAAUUAUCACUUGCAAAUUCAGUAAUCCAAGUGACAUGAUCUACAUGAUACUGCAAUUCUACAACAAACAAGAAUACACUGUCAUAUCAUGGACACUAGUCACAUCAGAUUCAGCUAGUAGAUUUAAUUUAACUGAUACAUGCACUAGCUGCAUCGAUUCUUUAGUCAAGGAAUUUAAAAAGUGUUCAGUUUUUAUGUUUCCCCUAAGCCUAUUAACAAGCCCAGAGAGCAUAUUUGGGGCAUUUAUAAUUUCAAGUAAAACAAAAAACCCAAAGGUACCUGAAUAUACACUGCCAGAUACACAUGAGUGCACAAAUAAAGAUGCAGCAGAGUAUAAUGAUAGUGACGUAAAUGAUUCAGAUUGUCAUACCAAUAAUCCAGAAGAAAUUAAUAAAACGCCUAUUUCAGCAGGCAAGAAUACUGCAAAUAAAGCAGAAAAUAAGCAAGAAUCAAUAAGCCAUGAUAAUAAGCCUAGCAGUAGUAGCAAGACAAGUGAUAUAUGCAGGAAUAGUAGAACCCUAGAAAAUAUUCCAAAUUGCACUUCCAGAAGUACUAUAUAUGAAAAUAAUCGUAAUAGUAGUAAUAUGACCAAUAUUAGUAGUAAUAUGAGUAAUAAUAGUACAAAUUCUUCUGAAAAUAGUUCUAUAACAGAUCCUCUUCUGCCUUAUAUUAUAUAA